AUACGGCUCUCCAUUCAAAGCUGUAUGGACUGAAACGCGCGCCCCCUGGAUCAGUCCGCACGGAGAAUCUGCAGAAGUUUGUGCCUCAUCGACCUCCAUUCUGGACUAAAUGCAUCAUUCCAGUCACUAGGAGAAACCAGUAAAUCCCAGCUCUUUCUCUCCUGCUCCUGAAACGCCGCAUGUCUGCAGUUUAGACAUGAUCCUGUCGGCGGAUUCAAGGACUUUACUGCUAUUUGUGGCAACACUAGUCGCAUUUUUGGCCGUUGUCAAAUGCCAAGACGAGAAUGACCAAGAUCCAGGCAGCUGCACGCAGGACGGACAGUCAUAUAGUGACAAGGACGUGUGGAAACCCGAGCCAUGUCGCAUUUGCGUUUGCGACACCGGCUCGGUCCUGUGCGACGAUAUCAUCUGCGAGGAGCUGAAAGACUGUUCCAAACCCGAGAUCCCGUUCGGGGAGUGUUGUCCAGUCUGUGCCGCUGACCAGCCCUCCUCCCCUGGCCUGCCAGGUGCUAAGGGACAAAAAGGUGAACCAGGAGACAUAACAGAUGUUGUGGGACCGAGGGGACCAGGCGGGCCGAUGGGACCACCAGGAGAACAAGGACCUCGUGGAGACAGAGGAGACAAGGGCGAGAAGGGAAGUCCAGGUCCUCGUGGCAGAGACGGUGAGCCGGGAACCCCUGGAAACCCCGGCCCUCCGGGACCGCCGGGCCCAAACGGAACCCCAGGCCUCGGCGGAAACUUCGCCUCUCAGAUGGCCGGUGGGUUUGAUGAUAAAGCAGGAGGAGCUCAGAUGGGAGUGAUGCAAGGACCAAUGGGUCCGAUGGGUCCACGAGGACCACCAGGCCCCAACGGAUCUCCUGGUCCACAAGGAUUUCAAGGCAACCAUGGAGAAGCCGGAGAGCCCGGAUCAUCUGGCCCAAUGGGUCCCCGUGGCCCUCCCGGUCCCUCAGGAAAACCAGGAGAUGAUGGCGAACCUGGGACACCUGGGAAAGGUGGUGAACGUGGACCUGUCGGACCUCAGGGAGCUCGUGGAUUCCCAGGAACACCAGGUCUACCUGGAAUCAAGGGACACAGAGGAUAUUCGGGUCUCGACGGGGCUAAAGGAGAGUCUGGAGCCGUUGGAGCAAAAGGCGAGUCCGGCUCUCCUGGAGAAAGUGGCGCUCCCGGACCCAUGGGUCCCCGUGGUUUGCCUGGUGAAAGGGGGCGUCCAGGACCGUCUGGAGUUGCUGGUGCUCGUGGGAAUGAUGGUUUGCCCGGCGGUGCUGGUCCUCCUGGACCAGUCGGUCCGGCUGGAGCUUCCGGUUUCCCAGGAUCCCCUGGGUCUAAGGGUGAAGCAGGACCUACCGGAGCCCGAGGCCCCGAAGGAGCUCAAGGCCCCCGUGGAGAGUCUGGCCUCCCUGGAUCUCCAGGACCCUCGGGAAUCUCUGGUAACCCUGGUACUGACGGCAUCACCGGAGCUAAAGGAUCAGGGGGCGCUCCUGGUAUUGCUGGCGCUACUGGUUUCCCGGGCCCUCGUGGCCCUCCUGGACCUCAGGGAGCGACAGGUCCUCUGGGGCCCAAGGGACAGUCUGGGGAUUCGGGUCUCGCAGGGUUCAAGGGUGAGGCUGGUCCUAAAGGAGAAAUUGGGAGCGCUGGUCUGCAAGGGUCCAUCGGCCCUGCCGGAGAGGAAGGUAAGCGAGGACCCAGAGGAGAGCCUGGUGCCGCUGGACCCGUCGGCCCGCAUGGAGAGAGAGGUACUCCUGGGAAUCGAGGUUUUCCUGGACAAGAUGGUCUGGCUGGUCCAAAGGGCGCUCCGGGUGAGCGUGGAUCUGCGGGCGUAUCGGGGCCCAAGGGAGCCAGCGGAGACCCUGGACGGCCUGGAGAACCGGGUCUGCCUGGUGCACGGGGUCUGACGGGACGUCCGGGUGAUGCCGGUCCACAGGGCAAAGUCGGUCCAUCUGGCGCUGCGGGUGAAGACGGGCGGCCGGGACCCCCGGGGCCUCAGGGUGUGCGUGGCCAGCCGGGAGUGAUGGGAUUCCCUGGACCCAAGGGUGGCAAUGGUGAAGCUGGGAAGGCCGGAGAGAAGGGACUCGCUGGGGCUCCGGGUUUGCGUGGUCUGCCUGGAAAAGAUGGAGAGACGGGCGCUGCCGGACCCCCGGGACCUGCUGGUCCUGCAGGAGAGAGAGGAGAGCAGGGGCAGCCAGGACCAUCGGGCUUCCAGGGUCUGCCCGGACCCCCCGGUCCCCCUGGUGAAGGUGGGAAACCCGGUGAUCAGGGUGUUCCAGGAGAGGCCGGAGCCGCAGGGGGCACUGGACCCCGAGGUGAGCGUGGUUUCCCAGGAGAGAGAGGAGGUGCGGGGCCACAGGGCCUCCAGGGGCCUCGAGGUUUACCAGGAACUCCAGGAACCGACGGACCCAAGGGUGGCGUCGGUCCCGCAGGAACUCCUGGAGCUCAGGGGCCUCCGGGAUUACAGGGGAUGCCUGGAGAGAGAGGGACCUCUGGGAUUCCUGGACCAAAGGGGGACAGAGGUGAUAAUGGUGAGAAAGGACCCGAAGGAGCUCCUGGGAAAGACGGCGCAAGAGGUUUAACGGGUCCAAUCGGUCCUACAGGGCCUGGGGGACCCAACGGUGAAAAGGGAGAAUCUGGACCCAUGGGACCGUCUGGAGCUGCUGGUACUCGCGGUGUUCCUGGCGACAGAGGAGAGACCGGUCCUCAUGGUCCUGCUGGUUUUGCUGGUCCACCUGGUGCAGAUGGACAGCCUGGCCUUAAAGGAGAGCAGGGUGAAGGCGGACAGAAGGGUGAUGCUGGGGCCCCGGGCCCUCAGGGGCCUUCUGGAUCUCCAGGUCCUCAGGGACCAACUGGUGUGUCUGGACCGAAAGGAGCUCGUGGUGCUCAAGGACCUCCUGGUGCCACAGGUUUCCCUGGAGCCGCAGGAAGAGUCGGCCCUCCUGGUCCUAAUGGUAACCCGGGUCCCUCUGGUCCUGCUGGUCCUCCUGGUAAAGAUGGUCCGAAGGGUGUUCGUGGAGACGGUGGUCCUCCUGGAAGACCCGGAGACGCUGGGUUACGUGGAUCGUCUGGUCCUCCUGGUGAGAAGGGAGAUCCUGGAGAAGAUGGUCCUCACGGUCCGGAUGGGCCGUCGGGUCCCCAGGGUUUGGCUGGUCAGCGUGGGAUUGUUGGACUCCCAGGACAGCGUGGAGAAAGAGGUUUCCCGGGCCUUCCUGGACCCUCUGGUGAGCCUGGGAAACAAGGAGCUCCUGGUGGAUCUGGAGACCGUGGGCCGCCUGGACCCGUAGGAUCACCGGGACUGACCGGAGCCGCUGGAGAACCCGGGAGAGAGGGCAACCCUGGAUCUGAUGGUCCUCCUGGCCGAGAUGGUUCUGCAGGAAUAAAGGGUGACCGAGGUGACACUGGUCCAGCUGGGGCUUCUGGUGCUCCGGGUGGUUCUGGUGCUCCUGGUCCAGUCGGACCCACUGGGAAACAGGGAGACCGAGGAGAGGCUGGACCUAAAGGACCUUCUGGACCUCCGGGGCCCGCUGGAGCUCGGGGAAUGCCUGGACCACAAGGGCCGCGUGGAGAUAAGGGAGAAGGUGGAGAUUCAGGUGAGAGAGGACAGAAAGGACACAGAGGCUUCACCGGUCUUCAAGGUCUGCCUGGGCCUCCUGGUCAACCUGGUGACCAAGGUGCUUCUGGACCUUCUGGACCCGGUGGAGCAAGAGGACCGCCAGGCCCUGUUGGUCCAGCUGGAAAAGAUGGAUCAAAUGGUUUGCCUGGACCUAUUGGACCCCCCGGACCUCGUGGUCGUUCUGGAGAGACUGGGCCAUCCGGCCCCCCUGGAAAUCCUGGACCCCCCGGUCUUCCUGGCCCACCGGGACCUGGCAUCGACAUGUCUGCGUUUGCUGGUCUGUCUCACCCUGAAAAGGGUCCUGAUCCCUUGAGGUACAUGAGGGCAGACCAGGCCGCUGAAGGCAACCAUCAGCACGAUGCAGAGGUGGACGCCACUCUGAAAUCCCUGAACAACCAGGUUGAGGACAUUCGUAGCCCGGACGGGACUAAAAAGAGCCCGGCCCGGACCUGCAGAGACCUGAAGCUCUGCCACCCAGACUGGAAGAGCGGUGAAUACUGGAUUGAUCCUAACCAGGGCUGCACCGUUGAUGCUAUCAAGGUGUUCUGCAACAUGGAGACCGGUGAGACUUGCGUCUAUCCAAAACCCGCCAACAUCCCACGCAAGAACUGGUGGACUACCAAGGGUUCUGAACGCAAACAUGUUUGGUUUGGAGAAGCCAUGAAUGGUGGAUUCAAUUUUGGCUAUGGAGACGACAAUCUGGCACCUAAUACAGCAAGUAUUCAGAUGACGUUCCUGAGACUGCUGUCCACAGAGGCCUCGCAGAACCUCACAUACCACUGCAAGAACAGCAUUGCCUAUAUGGACGAGGCCACUGGAAACCUGAAGAAAGCUCUACUGCUCCAGGGAUCCAAUGAUGUGGAAAUCCGAGCGGAGGGCAACAGUCGCUUCACAUACAGUGUUCUUGAGGAUGGUUGCAAGAAACACACAGGACAAUGGAGCAAGACGGUCAUCGAGUACAAAUCACAGAAGACUUCGCGCCUACCCAUUGUAGACAUUGCACCUAUGGAUAUUGGAGGAGCAAAUCAGGAGUUUGGAGUGGACGUGGGCGCCGUCUGUUUCUUGUAAAGAUGAAACCUGGAUACAGAACGAACGAGAGAGACAACACACACACUCGAGAGUGAGGAACAAAGAAAGAGAGGAACUAAAGAACUAGACAUUUUUAUAAGUGGGACAUCUUUUUAUGACUAGAUGGAAAAGUGCUUCCGAAAGAUUUUUUUUUUUUAGGAUAUGCACUGAUAGGCACUAGCAGUUCAUCUGUGACUGACCGGCAGACAAUCUCCCAUCUCAACCCUCGGCCCUCUGGGAAAAUCUCACAAUCCAACCCAACGGUACAUAAGGGAGUAUGCCAGCGAAAAUGACAGAAGUAGAAGUGUGUCUUGGUUUUAUUUAUUUAUUGUUAAGGUGCUACACCCCCCCUCCCGUGCAUUUGGAUGAAGUGUUGUACAUCAGUGUAGAAUGUUAGCAUUUUCAUCUACGAUUAUUCUAUGAUUUUACAACAGCCUGAACUUUGACAACCACAUGCAAGUGUUCGUCUUUUUGUCGCCACAGUGUAUGUAAAUUGCUGUGCAUUAAAACAUAAUCAAUGGUGCUAAUCUUAUUAAACACCCUGCAUUUUUCCAACGACCAGAUAUAUAAUA